CAGUUGUUUGAUGCUUUGAUUCCCUUAAAAAUUAAUAAAAUAACAUCAACUUGUCCUAAUUGACUUGAUUUAAAUACGAAAUGACACCGUUUCAGUCGGAACGCAAAGCUCCAAUGGGCGUACGGCACAUAGAAAUUAACGGUAUGAAGCUGGCGAUUCUCGAAAGCGACGACGUCUACGACUCGGUUACCGGUCGUCCACUCACCGGGUCAUGGCUGUGGGACUCGGCCCUCGUCCUGUCUCGCUGGAUGGCGAGUCACGGCCAGGCAGAGUUCAGCCUGCAAGGCAAAACCGUCCUCGAGCUCGGCGCCGGACUCGGACUUCCUGGGCUGACUGCCGCCCUACUCGGCGCCCGCCGAGUCUUGCUCACCGACGUCGGGUCGCUGCUCCCGGGGCUGGAGAGGAACGUGGAGGCGAACGGACUCGGGGACCGAGUCGAGGUGCAGGAGCUGGUGUGGGGAUCGGACGAGUCGAUGGGUCGACUCGGCGAGUUUGGAGACUUCGACGUGGUUCUGAUGUCGGACGUGUUCUUCGACGCGGCGGAGAUGGCGGCGCUGGCGAAGACGCUGAGGUGGGCGUGCGGGAGGGAGACUAGGUGUUGGGCGGCGAGUGAGGUUCGGGAGUGGACGUGGGUAUGCCUGAACGAGUUGGUGACCGAAGGUUUCCGACUCACUGAGUUACCGAGUCUCUCUGGUCAGGAUGUGUUUGCGGUUUAUCACAUAUUCCCACCGUCCAUAUCCUAGGCUUAUGGGAUAUGGAAUCCUGUACUUUUUAUUUAUUUUUUCUUUUUCCUUUUUCUUCAAAUAUUAUGCGUUCGAAACCCUUAGGACGCUCGACCAAACCCUAAAUCAUGGAAUAGCGAAACACUAUCCUAUUCUUUU